UUAAUUAAACCUUCACCUCCUCUGAUGGAAAGACUUUCCUUCCGUGCUCCCACUAAGACGUGAUGCUUCAGGAUUUAAGUGCGAGCGUCCUCUUUCCUUCCUGUCUGCAGCACAGAACUUUUGCUCAGGUUCCUGACAAUGACGAGCAGUUUGUUCCAGAUUACCAGACUGAAAACUUGGCGUUUCACAGCCUGCAGCUGAAGAUUAAAAGAGAGCUGCACAGUCCCUGCUCAGAGCUGAGCUCCAACUGUAGUCAAGAACGAUCGUACAAGCUUCAGUAUGGAGACAAGUGUCCAUACAACAUCAGUGCCUAUGAGCAAAAGCAACCUGCAGGAAUGAAGCCCUCCAGCCCAGUGACUCCCCCCUGCAGCACCCCCGUGUCCCCUCUCCAUCAUGCCUCUCCCACAGCGGCACCGACGCCCAAACCAGACCGGACCUACACCCACAUCCCUCCCUCACAGCCGCUGCCUGAGAACACCUAUUCAAUGGACCACAGGUUUCGACGCCAGCUUUCAGAGCCCUGUCACUCGUUUCCUUCACCUCCAACAACAACGUCAGCCAUGGUCCGAGACAGUCGACCUCUGUACCACAGACAGAUGUCUGAGCCCAACAUCCCUUUCCCUCCUCAGGGCUUCAAACAGGAGUACCCUGACCCCCUGUUUGAACACCCAGCCAUGGUGGGCGCCCCUCUGACCCACACCUACCCCGCCACCAUGAUGAUCAAGCAGGAGCCUCGGGACUUCACCUACGACUCAGGUGAGGGCCUAACAGAAAGUGGCAGAACGUCCUGGAGAGAUGAAGGGUGGGUGAACUCAGCCUUUACUUUUGGCUGUAUGUUUGAUAAAGUGGCGAGGCAUUUCUACGACGACACCUGUGUGGUUCCAGAAAAGGCUGAAGGGGACAUCAAGCAGGAGUCGGGAAUUUACCGUGAAGGUCCAUCAUACCAGCGCCGAGGUUCCCUGCAGCUCUGGCAGUUUCUGGUGGCUCUACUGGACGACCCCUCCAACUCCCACUUCAUCGCGUGGACCGGUCGAGGCAUGGAGUUCAAACUAAUUGAACCAGAGGAGGUGGCUCGUCGGUGGGGGAUCCAGAAGAAUCGACCGGCGAUGAACUACGAUAAACUCAGCCGAUCGCUGCGCUACUACUAUGAAAAGGGAAUCAUGCAAAAGGUGGCAGGAGAGAGAUACGUCUACAAGUUUGUGUGCGACCCCGAGGCCUUGUUCUCCAUGGCGUUUCCAGACAAUCAGCGGCCGGUGCUGAAGACGGACAUGGAGCGUCAGAUCAACGAGGAGGACACGGUGCCGCUGUCGCACUUCGACGAGAGCAUGGCCUACGUCCAGGAGGGGGCGUACUGUCAGCCCCACCCUUACAACGAGGCCUACGUUUAUUAACGUCAGGCCUCCUCGACUCUGUCUCCUCGUCUCCUUUCCUGUCUCUCACAUAAACACGGACGUCCUUCUCCCUUCUUUCAUCAUGGUCUUGUCCUCUGAGGCCACAGAGCAGAACGGAGAGUGCACUUUAUGGACAGAAACAGCGUGGGUGUUUUUCCCCUGCAGCCAGGGGGCGUUAAGAGUAGCUAUGUGGUUGUUUGUCAUUUAAUGUAGGACUUCGUCUGUCUGCUGGUUUUUUGUUUUUUUUUUUUUUGUUUGUUUUUUUGUAUCUGUGUGGCCUGGCCGUCUUACUUACCGUAACUCAAAAGACGAUUCUUUUGUUCAAAGGAAAACAAAGUCUCGCAUCCGAAGGAAGUUGCGUGUCCGUGAGUUCACGCCUAACGCUGCCACCUACUGGCUAAAAAAAAAAUUUAUCAUCCAAUGAAACUGCAAGACUCAUGUGGAUGUUUUCUGGCACAAACCGGACAAUUCUCAUAAUCAUAUGGAAAAAAAAUAGACUUUGAAGAAAUGCUGGAUAAUAUUAUAUGAUAGACUGUAUAUAACAAAUGGAAGUAGCAGUCUGGUUGGACGUGAAGCCACACCGUUAGGUUAGAAUUCAACUCAGUGGUUUUGAGUAUUACUCCAUUUGAGUGGAGGGUUUGAUUGCAACGUAUUUGUCUUUUUCGUAUCAGUAAAGAUUUUCUUUAAUAUCACCAGUUGCAGGUCAUUCUGUCAGGAUCCCAUUUAGAGGAAAUCUUCAGUAAAGCAGAACAAAGCAUUUUCUGGUCACACCUACUCAGAGCAACAACUCGCCAGAGAAGUUUGUUUCAGAUUUGCAUUGCUUGAAUUUGGUUUUUGUCAUACCCAUGUCAAAUUAACAUGUGUUUUCUUUUUUUUUCUGGCCGACGUUAGGGCAAGUAAAUGUCCAGCUGGAAUUGAACAUUGGCAUUGAAGUAGCUAGAGUCCAAGUAACAUACAAUCUUUAGGUUUAUUGCCGUGUAUUACAUACAGUUAGGUUUUUGUUAUGUAAUUAACACAACCGAGUCGCUGCAAAUUUCUGCCCUGUAUUAGAAAAUAGGGAUGACUCAAUGUGAUUCUCAAGAUCGGUAUCUGUGCGAUACAUGUUUAUAUUCAGGAUUGAACAUUAAAUAAACAACUGCAGUCCGUCUGGUCUGAUACUGAAGCCCAAAUGCCCAAACGUACUUAUUGACGAUAUGCAAUAAACGCACACUGCAGCAGGGUUUGUUCUGAAAUUAAAGUUGUUUUUUUUUCCUCAAGUUCACAAAUAUUUUCACCAGAAAUAUCGAGAAACCGGGAUUUGUAACUUUUCCUUCAUUUUGUUCCAGAAAGCUAUCACUGUAACUGUAUCCGCAAACAACAGAAACCCAAAAAUGUUAACGCUUUCGGUCGGAGUCUGAGAGGAGGUUCCGUUUACUUUGCUCUUAGGUGAAGAAUUUGCAAAUCUAUCUUGAUAGGUUUGCAAACAAAAAACAAAAAAAAACAUUGUUGUUGCUUAAAAACAAAAUGAAAAUAAUACUCAUUUGACGCUCAAUUUCCUGUUGAGCUUUACCACCUACUACCUUUCCAAACAGACCAUCCUGUUCUGAUAAUGUAAGGCCUGGGUAUAGACAAUAAGACAACAAAAACAUGACAUUUAUUAAUUUGAUAAUUCUGGUAAAAAAAAACAACAAAAGAUUAUUUUCUCGUCGACUCCCAGAGCUUCACUGUAAAACCUGCAUGCCAACAUCCAUUUCUUAUAUAGAAUGUAAACCGUGUAAAUGUUUAAAAAAAAAAAAAAA